AUGUCAUACCACGACCCAGAUUCGUAUGACAAAACUGCCGACAAGGACGAGAAGUCCUUCCAGCCUUCGCAGCCUCAGCAGGCCCCUAUCAUACCCACGGUGGUAUCUUCCACCGCGUCACACCAGCACCAACAGGAGCAAGAAAUGCUUCUGAGCUUCACUGUCCCUGAACCCCCAAUUUCCACCCAGCAGCUGACUGCUGCAUCCGAUUCCAACACGGACGCUUCGGGUCUAUUGGUGUCUGAAACUCCAAGAACUUUGUGGAUGGGCGAUUUGGACCCGUGGCUCGACGAGGCCGCCAUAGUUGACUUGUGGUGGCAGAUCUUGGGCAAGAAGGUUGGAAUUAAGCUUAUCAAACCCAAAAAUUCAAAACCUGACGCAGGUUUCAUGGGACUCUCCCAUUCAGGCUACUGCUUUGUCGAAUUCCAACUGUACGAAGACGCUCAGCAGGCGUUGGCCUUGAAUGGCCAACUCUUACCGGAUAUUGCUAUGCCUUCCCAGCAACAUUUCCCCAAUAAUCCAGACAACCAGAAAAAGUAUUUCCGUCUCAACUGGGCCUCAGGCGCCACACUUUCGGCUCCUAUCGUCCAUCUGCCUGAGUACUCGUUGUUUGUGGGUGAUUUGAGUGCCUCAACAACUGAGGCACACUUGCUUCUGUUCUUCCAGAAAUCUUUCCCAACAUCUAUCAAAACCGUGCGUGUUAUGACAGAUCCAGUCUCAGGAAAAUCCAGAUGCUUUGGCUUUGUUCGGUUCACCGACGAGCUGGAACGUCAGAGGGCUUUGGUGGAAAUGAAUGGUGCAUGGUUUGGUGGCCGUCCACUCAGAGUAGCCUUGGCAACUCCACGUAACUCUUCUGCGCUUCGCAAGUCGCCUGAUAAUAAAGGCGCUCUUCCACCUGGUGUGGGAGCCAUGUCAGGUCCCCAGGAGUUCAUGUACAUGGGUCCUCCGCCUGUUCAUGGACACCCACCUGGCACUUCCAAUCCGUAUGGUUACUUCCCAUCGCCAAUGAUGAACGAUAAGGGUGGAGAAAUUCCUCCAAUGCAUUUUGGAAUGGGUGUAGGCGGUCAACCAUAUCUGGAUCCAGCUAAUACAACGGUGUUUGUUGGGGGACUUCUGUCAGAAGUGAAUGAGCAGACGCUAUUUACAUUGUUCAAGCCAUUUGGCACCAUCCAGCAAAUCAAGAUCCCUCCGGGAAAGAACUGUGGGUUCCUCAAAUAUAGUACUCGUGAGGAGGCUGAGGAGGCCAUUCUGGCCAUGGAGGGUUUCAUUAUUGGUGGAAACAGAGUGCGGUUGGGAUGGGGCCGUGUCUCGAUUAACAACAAAAAAUAUCAUCAACAACGUCAGCAGAUUGCACAGGUUGCCCAAAUGCAAGCUGCUGCUGCACUCUCCAUGGGAAUGGAUCCAGCCACGGCAUUUGCUGCCGCUGCUGCAGGGUUCCCUCCGCAUCCUCAAGGUCCAGUGCCGGGAUCUUCUCAAGGCUAUGGGCCAAUUCCAAUGGGAAUGCCUCAAGUUCCGCCAGGAAUGCAUGGUAUGCCAUAUGGACCUCCAGACAUAACCUCGGGCAGAGAUGAAGAUACGCAAUCGGAGGGAGGAGAGUCGAAGUCACAAGGGUCCGAGGGUGGAGGAUACUACUACCAGUACGGUGCGGGUCCUGGCAACGGCACCCAACAAAAAGAUUUAGCAGGUGCAUUUGAGAAGCUCUCAAUGGAUGGUGGACCUCCACAUCAUCAGAUCCCUCCUCCCGGGUAUCAGUUUGUGCCAUAUGGAGGAUAUCCAGUUCCACCCGAGUACCAAUACAGACGGGAGGAACAGGAAGAGGAGGAAACAGAAGAGAAUGUUGAUGAUGGAAAGAGUGACGAAAAAGAGGAAAUUAAGGAAUAG